AUGCUCAACAAGAUGCUGUUCGUGUGCCUGUUUGUGGCUCUGUUCAGUGCAGGCUCCUCGCUCAGCUGCAGGUGGAUGAAUGACAAAUUCCAACAACACAGUGAAGAAUCGAUGGCUCUGCUGGAUCACAUGACUAAUAACUCCACCAACACCACUGAGGAUGCUGAGCUGGACGCCUCUCUGGCCUUUCCUUACAGUCUGUACAACCAGGCGUCCAACGCUUCAGAUGAGGACAAACUUGCUUUCACAGUUCAUGUCCUGAGGGAGGUGUGUGGCCUGUUUGAGGAGGAUUACAGCGCUGCAUCAUGGGAGGAGAGCACAGUGGAGGACUUUCUCAUUGUUCUCAACAGACAGGCUGAUGAGCUGAGCUCCUGUAUGGGAAGUCAUGGCCGCAAGAAGAAGAGUCCAAAGCUCCAGAUGUAUUUCAAGAGACUGUCACAGCUGGUCCUGAAGAAAAAAGAGCACAGUGCUGAAGCCUGGGAGCUGAUCAGGACUGAAAUCCAACGUCAUCUGCAGAGAGCAGACCUGCUGGCUUCAUCUCUGAUCAAACUGCCUGCAGAUCACAUCCAACAUGGAGUCUCUGAUUUCAUUUAA